GUGCUGUAAAACAAAACAUUGAAAGUUAUCAUACUGUUAAUCGGCCUUGUGUUCCAGCUCAUACGACCAUCUGUGUUGGUCGACACGUAAAGUGGACGUACACCAUACCGACUACCCGACUGGAGCUACGUCACAGAGAGAUUAGCGUUGUCACGUGAUUGGAGUUGUUGGUGCGACCAUACCACACACGCCUUCUAACCGAACGGGAAGUAGCAUUACACAUAACCACCGAAGAUACAAUGGCGUCACAAGUUGCAGGAGCAGCCGAGGUCAGCAGCAAAGGUCAUGUGUUGCUCACAGGUGGCGCUGGCUACCUAGGAACAACCAUGAUCCCGAUUCUUCUCGACGAUGGAUACGAGGUCACCGUGUAUGAUAUUUUCAAAUGGGGGCUGCAUCCAAUCCUCAACUUCGCACAAAACCCACGUUUUCAUAUUGUGAAGGGAGACGUUCGCGAUCGCGACCAGUUAGCUGAUGUUAUGGAAGAUAAAUUCGCUAUCAUUCACUUGGCCGCCAUUGUUGGGUAUCCUGCCUGUGACAAAGACCCUGAUCUGGCAAUCGAUACUAACGUCGGUGGAACGCGGAUGAUUGCUGAUCUAAAACGCCCGGACCAGAUAAUGGUGUACGCCAGUACGGGGUCCUGUUAUGGGGCGGUAGAAGGUGUAUGUACAGAAGAAACAGGUAUUAGUCCACUAACGCUGUACGGAGGCAGCAAGGCUGAGGGAGAGAAAAUCGUUCUUGAUGUUGGUGGAGUCGCCCUCCGGCUUGCAACUGUGUUUGGCCUUUCACCUCGACUGCGUCUUGAUCUUCUGAUCAACGAUCUAACACAUAAAGCAUUAACAUUGAAAGAAUUCGACCUCUACGAAGGAAAUUUCCGCCGUACAUUUCUGCACGUAAAAGAUGCUGCCCGUGCGUUUGUAUUUGCUCUUUCAAACUUUGAUGCUAUGAAAGGACAGGCUUACAAUGUUGGCGAUGAAAAGAUGAACAUGACAAAGUCUCAUGUUGCGCGUGUAAUACAAAGCAAUGUACCCGGAUGUAAAAUCACAGAAUCCAACUCAGGUGAGGACAAGGACAAACGAGAUUACGAAGUGUCAUACGCAAAGAUCCGCAAGCUGGGUUACACUGCUACAGUUUCAGUGGAGCAUGGAAUACAAGAUAUGCUCAAAAUCCUCCCAUUCCUAGCUCCCGAAGACAUACCUCGCUGUAAAAACGUCUGAGCCUGAUUUGAACAUUGUAAAUUUCUUUUGACAGCAUAAUGACCAAAGACUGAGGAGAGAUUUAUCCUACCUAUCUGUGGGUUGAUUGUGGCUGUGUGCGGUACUUACCUCCCUUGUAUUUAUGUGACAUAUGUAUGGUUACAGUAUGUGUGACUGAUUGCAUACGCCAUUUAGGGCGACCUUGACCUCCACCACAACAACUUCUGUUUUCUUUGGCCCUCUCAUCUCUCUUCGGCAACAAAUUCAGUUAUGACGACCUUAACAUACAUAUCAAUCUCCGACAUGUUUGGUUAGGACAGAUUAUAGAGUGGCCUUGGUCACAGAGUAUCCUGGUUAGGACAGAUUAUAGAGUGGCCUUGGUCACAGAGUAUCCUGGUUAGGACAGAUUAUAGAGUGGCCUUGGUCACCUACACCUUACAGUAUCCUGGUUAGGACAGAUUACAGAGUGGCCUUGGUCACAAACACCUUACAGUAUCCUGGUUAGGACAGAUUAUAGAGUGGCCUUGGUCACAAACACCUUACAGUAUCCUGGUUAGGACAGAUUAUAGAGUGGCCUUGGUCACCAACACCUUACAGUAUCCUGGUUAGGACAGAUUAUAGAGUGGCCUUGGUCACAAACACCUUACAGUAUCCUGGUUAGGACAGAUUAUAGAGUGGCCUUGGUCACAAACACCUUACAGUAUCCUGGUUAGGACAGAUUAUAGAGUGGCCUUGGUCACAAACACCUUACAGUAUCCUGGUUAGUACAGAUUAUAGAGUGGCCUUGGUCACACGAGAACUGACAUCUAAUUAGAACCACGAGGACUGAUAUCUAAUUAGAACCACGAGGACUGACAUCUAAUUAGAACCACGAGGACUGACAUCUAAUUAGAACCACGAGGACUGACAUCUAAUUAGAACCACGAGGACUGAUAUCUAAUUAGAACCACGAGGACUGAUAUUUAAUUAGAACAUCUAAUUAGAACCACGAGGACUGACAUCUAAUUAGAACCACGUGGACUGACAUCUAAUUAGAAGAUGCUUUACUAGGUAUUACAGUUUGUAUCUCAGGUUUAAACACUUUACUGUAAACUAUCAUUACGUGUUUUAUAAUAUUCCCCGCUAUAUUUGUAUAGCCCCGACCCACUAUAUUUGUAUAGCCCCGACCCACUAUGUUAACUGACAGGUCUGGAUGUGAACCCUUCCUUGGCGAGAUGUGCCUUACUUCAUUCAUACAAUGAGACAUGUGCUUCAAAACUUUGUUUCAUUCAGCUAUUAUUUUAAAAGUUCAUGUUUUACGUUUAAACAUUAAAACUCUUCUUAACAGGAUGUAUUCUUGGGUGCAAUGGGACAUAAAACAAUGAACCCACACCAUUCACUAGUAGGCUUUGGUUUGCAUGGGUUUUCCACCAACGUGUGUACCCUGAAUAGAUCUCGAUUUAUACAGCAAAAUACGUAGUGGGCGUUUUAUGUCACAAAGAAUCCUGUUAAUGUGUUUCCCUGACGGGUAUGAUACAUGUAUGUCAGUCGUAAAUGUAGAUCAUUGGACUUUAUCACUUUAAGUGUUACAACAUCAAUAUGAUCGGAUACAUUUGAUAGAGUUUCACCACCAGAUGUACAUAUCUAUUUGUCACCAAUCAGAUUAUCCGUGUCAUAUUGUGUUUGCGAAUCAUGACAGAAAAAAAUGUUCUAUUUGAUUUUGACUAUUUAAUAAACAAAAUUCUUACACUUUGUGUAAGAUUGAUUAAACUUCAAA